AUGGCGUACAAGGUAGACCAUGAAUACGACUAUCUCUUCAAGGUCGUUUUGAUUGGCGACUCUGGGGUUGGAAAAUCCAAUAUUCUUUCCAGAUUUACGCGUAAUGAGUUUUGCUUAGAGUCCAAGUCUACCAUUGGGGUUGAAUUUGCCACCAGAACUUUGCAGGUGGAGGGGAAGACUGUGAAGGCACAAAUAUGGGACACGGCAGGGCAAGAGAGGUAUAGAGCUAUCACUAGUGCCUACUAUAGAGGAGCUGUUGGUGCCUUGUUGGUCUAUGACAUAACCAAAAGGCAAACAUUUGACAAUGUGCAAAGGUGGCUGCGUGAACUAAGGGACCAUGCAGACUCCAACAUUGUUAUUAUGAUGGCUGGAAACAAAUCUGACCUUAAUCAUCUGAGAGCAGUCUCAACUGAAGAUGCUCAAAGUUUGGCUGAAAAGGAAGGUCUUUCCUUUCUAGAGACUUCAGCAUUGGAAGCAUAUAAUGUUGAAAAGGCAUUCCAAACCAUUUUGUUUGAUAUAUAUCACAUUAUAAGUAAAAAGGCAUUGGCAGCACAAGAAGCUACUUCCACUACUGGCCUUCCUCAAGGAACCACAAUAAAUGUCUCAAAUAUGUCAGGUAAUGCGGACAAUAGAACUUGUUGCUCAAACUAA